AUGUCCUCAUGUUCUGACUUCACAGACCCCCUGGACCCUGUCGCUGCUGCCUCACAGACCCCCUGGACCCUGUCGCUGCUGCCUCACAGACCCCCUGGACCCUGUCGCUGCUGCCUCACAGACCCCCUGGACCCUGUCGCUGCUGCCUCACAGACCCCCUGGACCCUGUCGCUGCUGCCUCACAGACCCCCUGGACCCUGUCGCUGCUGCCUCACAGACCCCCUGGACCCUGUCGCUGCUGCCUCACAGCCGAGCUCACAAUGA